AUUAUUUUGCUAAUGUUCUAACUAUUGUGCAAUUAUCAAAAUGAAUUGUGAAGGGAAUAUGAAUAUGAAUAUGAAAUAUAUGCAAUUUAUACCGCCUCCGCCCUCGCGUGGAGAUCCAUUACUCAUUGAAAAACCAGAGACCAAUAAGAAGGAUAAUUGUGCGGAAGAGAUCAAAGAGAUUCCAUCAGAGUUCAUCGAUGAAGUAUUGCCAGUGGAAAAUGUAACCGUUAAAUUUCGCGUAAAUGGCUCCCGCAUUGUGGCUCAAGUAUAUUCGAAUCGAUCGAGCAUUGGCGAUAUUAAAACUGAUAUCGGUAGCAAGUUUGAAGUUGAUCCAAAGUAUAUAAGACUUACGCAAAAUGAACGGGAAAUAUCAAAUCGUUGUUUGUUGGCACAAACGGAUUCGAACCAAUUUGGAAUAUUUGAAUUCGAUUUAGAUUUGCUGCAUAUUUCAGAAAUGAAUCUUGGCGAUAGUAUGGAUCCACCAAAGUUAGAUCUGAAUAUAUAUUAUAACAAAUAUCACAUGCCCGAUUUUAUAACUGUUAACAUUGAAGAUGAGAACGGAUUUAGAACGGUUAUUGUGGAAAUAUUAAAUAAAGCUAUUGUAAAACCAUUUUUGUGUGGUUACCGGGAUAAGGCAACCGGUAUUGAGUAUUUAGAUGCAUUCACUCAAACUGGACCUUACUUUGAUAAAAUGAAAUUCAAUCGUUAUAUCAGCAGAGAUACACAAACUUAUGAGUUCAAAGGAAAGGAAAUUGACACUGCGCAUGAGCAAUCUACGCAGUGCUUUCAGGAUGGCAACAAUGUGUUGUAUGUUUCCGCAGCCACAGAUUACACUAUAACUCCCGGCAAAUACCAAACUUAUGCCCAAAAAAUGCGCCGCGAGAAUAAACUGGCCAAAAUCAUAUUGAUACAACGAAAUUUUCGUCGGUUCUUGAUUGUGCGUUUCAUGCGAAAUGCGGCUGCAAAGUAUCGUCGGCUGGUGGCUAACCGCAAAGCCGAAGAGGAGCGACUGCAGGUGGAAGCAGAGAAGCGUAUCAAACGUAUUGAGUUGGCGAAGCAAUUUCCACAAACAAAGGACGACUUUGAGAUGUUGUAUGGCGAAGUGCAGAAAUGGAAGAUCGCCGAGCUGAAACGCAUAGCGCGAUUGUAUGAAGGACCUGCACGAAUCGCCGAGGUCAAUGUGUUGCUCGACAAGGAGAUUCAGCUCCGAAAUGGCAUCGAAAAGCAACGCUGUAUAGUCAAGAAAGCAAUGGAGGAUUUUCGCAAUGAGAAAAUGCUCACCAAAUUGGGUGAACCAAUCAAAUGGGUUGGCUAUAAAGAUAACAUAAUUCACUUGGACUUAUUACGCACUCAAAGGGUCCGUUUCCUAACCGAAGUCUAUAAGGACAUGCAAAAGAAGACGAGCCGAGAGGAACGCCUUGAGCUGUUAUCGAAAGUGAAACGCAUAUUAUUGGACGAACGUGAGUUUCCGGAUUUUGUCGAGAUAUUUGAUCUAAUUCAAAGGGAAAUAAAUUUGCUCAUACACACAAAAUAUUGUGACGUCGAGAUCUUACGUAAACGUCAGAAUCUACUAUGGAUGGAAAUGAUCAAAUUCUCCAAGGAUAAGCCUCCCGAUCAUGGAGAAAAACGUAUGUGCGAGGUGUGUAAGAAGGUGAAGCCCUACAGCCAUUUCGCGCUUAGAACGCGUCAGAAUAAUGUAGACACUUGCAAGCGUUGCUAUUACAUCAAGAUCGCUUCUACGGACAACAAAACGUACGCUGCAAUAUUACGCGCUAUACAGCGAGAUGAACGCAAGCGCCGCUGCAACGCGUCAUUCGCAUUUGUGCUUCAAAUGGACGACAUUCGUUACAUAAUUGACCAAAUCUGGCACAGUCACUCAAUACUUAGCAAGAAUGCGGUAUUGAGCAAUUUGCGUUUGCCACGAUGGUUGAAAGGUGAAGAUUGGUCACCAUGGAAUUGUAUUUGCCUUACUGAGACAGAGGCACGCAACCAUUAUAGACUUGACGAUCCGACAAAAGUGUACGACCAUAAAAUGGUGUUGGAGGUAGGCAAUAGACAUAUGUUAGCUCGCGCUGCAUUCCACAAGAUGACUGAAAUCGCCACCGAAUUCGUUGAGACCGGACAAUGGUUUCAUGUUGGAUUAAAUAAGCAACGCACUGUCUAUCCACCAAACGAAUAUCCACGCUCCGGUUUUCCCAGCAAAUCAGCCAACCCGAUAUUCAAGGAAAAGAAAAAAUGCGAUUAAAUAUACAUAUGUAGUAUGUAGAAGGCAUUCCUAAUGUUUUUAAUUUAUCCAACAUUCACGAAUGUUUAAUUGUAUUCCCGUGGUCGGGCGACGCAGC